AUGGGAGGGGUGACGUCUUCGGUGGCGGCGAAGUUCGCCUUCUUCCCACCGAGUCCGCCGUCUUACAAGGUGGUCACCGACGAGCUGACGGGGCUGUUGCUUCUGGCGCCUUUCCCCCACCGCGAGAACGUGGAAAUCCUCAAGCUACCGACCAGGAGAGGAACGGAGAUCGUGGCCAUGUACGUGAGGCACCCGAUGGCAACCUCGACGCUCCUCUACUCCCAUGGAAACGCGGCAGAUUUGGGACAGAUGUAUGAGCUCUUCAUCGAGCUUAGCAUCCAUCUCAAGGUUAAUCUCAUGGGAUACGAUUACUCAGGGUAUGGACAGUCAAGUGGAAAGCCGAGUGAGCAAAACACGUAUGCUGAUAUCGAAGCUGUUUACAAGUGUCUUGAAGAGACGUACGGCUCCAAACAGGAAGAUGUGAUCCUCUACGGCCAGUCUGUAGGAAGCGGGCCCACCCUAGAUCUUGCUUCCCGGCUGCUUCAGCUGAGAGCCGUCGUACUCCACAGCCCCAUUCUCUCCGGUUUAAGAGUAAUGUACUCCGUCAAGAAAACCUACUGGUUCGACAUCUACAAGAAUAUCGACAAAAUCCCAUAUGUAGACUGCCCUGUGCUCAUCAUUCAUGGAACAUCGGAUGAAGUGGUGGACUGUGGACAUGGGAAACAACUAUGGGAACUGUGCAAAGACAAGUAUGAGCCGCUUUGGGUGAAAGGAGGCAACCACUGUGAUCUUGAGCACUACCCUGAAUACAUCAGACACCUCAAGAAAUUCAUCACCACUGUUGAGCGGUUACCUUGCCGGAAGAAGAGAGAUGAUGAUGAUGCUGCAGCAGCAGCAGCUCCGGCUCCGGCUCCGAGGAAGAGUGUGGACAACAGGAGAGAGAAGCCGAGGCAGAGCACAGAGCGUAAGCCGCCAAAGAGCCAGUCGAAGAAGAGCAGCAGCAGCAGCAAGCUCAGGAUCUCUUUUGACCAUCAUCUGGAUCGGUCCAGGAAGAGCGUUGACUGCCAUGACAAGACUCGGAAGAGCGUUGACCAUUCUCAGUCCAACUCUCACUCUCACUCUCACUCUCAUCAGAUUGAGAGGGGAAGGAAGAGUGUGGAUAGGUUGGACAGAGUACGCUCCGACUCUAACUAA